UUCUGUGCUCGAUACUCGAGUUGAAUUCCUCUUGUUUUUUUCCUCUCUCUCUCUCUCCUCUCUCUCUCUCUCUCUCUAUAUCUGUGAUUGUCGUCUUUGUCGUGUAUCCUUGCAAUCUUGUGCCGGCCAUGGGAACCCAAGCUCCAACUGACGAAAUAGAAGAAAAAUUAGCAAAGCAGAAGAAAAUCGAAGAGUGGCUUCCAAUCACUGCUUCAAGGAAUGCAAAAUGGUGGUACUCAGCUUUCCACAAUGUCACUGCCAUGGUUGGAGCUGGUGUUCUCAGUCUCCCUUACGCCAUGGCCAAUCUUGGAUGGGGUCCUGGUGUGGUAAUUCUGGUGCUGUCAUGGAUCAUCACAUUGUACACACUCUGGCAAAUGGUUGAAAUGCAUGAGAUGGUUCCAGGCAAACGGUUUGAUCGAUACCACGAGCUGGGGCAGUAUGCAUUUGGUGAAAAGCUUGGCCUUUACAUUGUUGUGCCUCAACAGCUCAUCGUCGAGGUCGGCGUCAACAUCGUCUACAUGGUUACCGGAGGAAAAUCGCUGCAGAAGGUCCACAAUUCUGUGUGCUCAGACUGUAAAAAGAUCAAGUUAACCUAUUUCAUCAUGAUCUUUGCAUCUGUUCACUUUGUCCUCUCCCACCUUCCCAACUUCAACUCCAUCUCUGGUGUGUCUUUGGCUGCUGCAGUCAUGUCCUUGAGUUACUCUACCAUCGCUUGGGGAGCCUCUGUGGACAAGGGUGUGGUAGACAAUGUCGCAUAUGGGUACAAAGCCACGUCUACAUCAGGAACUGUGCUCAAUUUCUUCACUUCCUUAGGUCACGUGGCUUUUGCUUAUGCUGGUCACAAUGUUGUUCUGGAAAUCCAAGCAACAAUUCCAUCUACACCUGAGAAGCCAUCCAAGGGACCCAUGUGGAGAGGAGUCAUCGUCGCCUACAUUGUUGUCGCCUUGUGCUACUUCCCGGUUGCUCUGGUCGGAUUCUACGUGUUUGGCAAUACAGUUGAGGAUAACAUCCUCAUUUCACUUGAAAAACCUGCCUGGCUCAUUGCAGUGGCCAACAUGUUUGUUGUCAUCCAUGUCAUCGGAAGCUAUCAGAUUUACGCAAUGCCAGUGUUUGACAUGAUCGAAGGUGUGUUGGUAAAGAAGUUGAAUUUCGCACCUACUAGAACGCUUCGCUUCAUUUCGCGUAAUAUAUAUGUCGCAUUCACUAUGUUCAUUGGCAUUACCUUCCCUUUCUUCGGUGGUCUCCUUAUUUUUCGGAGGAUUUGCUUUCGCUCCAACAACUUACUUCCUCCCUUGUGUCAUGUGGCUUGCCAUUUACAAGCCAAGGAAGUUCAGCUUGUCUUGGUGGUGCAACUAUACCUGUAUCUUUUUGGGUGUUCUUUUGAUGGUUCUAUCACCUAUCGGAGGAUUGAGAUCGAUCAUCAGUCAAGCCAAGACCUACAAAUUUUACUCUUAAAGUCCUUCGCCAUCCUUCCCGGCCCAAAAAAGGAUAGUAGGUUGCUGCAAGAAUCUCCAAAACCUAUAAAAAAAUACAAGAAAAAUGAAGCUGUUGAUGAUGAUGAAGAUCAAUCUAGUUAUGACUAUGUGCCUCGAGGGUCUUGCGAUAAUCGGAGAUCUGAAAAUAAAUAAGGUUGUUUGUGGAAGUACGGAUUGGCAUUCUGUAUCAGUUCAUGGGAACGAGAGUUGAAACCAGAAGACCAUUAAUUCAAGGAACUUUUCCAAAGGAUUCUUCUUCUGUUUCAUUUUCUCUGUUUGUAAUGGUGAAUAUAUGUACAUGUAUUUAUAUAUACUAGAAAUAUGGUUGCUGCGGGGUUAGUUACCGUAUAAAAAAAAAACAUAUUUUGAAGUUAUAAGUGAUUAUUAAAGAAGGUUCAUGUAUAUUUACACUAAAAGAUGUUUGAACUUUUUGAAAGAAUUUUUACAUGAA